UCAUAGCUCUCCCAUAACACUCACCUGACAUGAAAACACUUGUACUUUGCUGACACGUAUUAUUUUAAGCGUCCCUUAAAAUUAUAUUAUCCGCUUAUUACCCGGGUUGUUUAUGAUCAACAAUGUAAAUGUGUAUAUGCGGUUUAAGGUGCUCAUUUCGUCAGCCUGUUUUCGGGUGAUGAGGCCGCAGAGGUGGGUUGAGUUUGCGGCUAUCAGCAGCAGAGCUCUCCUCAAACGCGCUCAUUUACUCCAGUGGAGACACGUGUGUGACAGCAGCAGGCGGGACCACGACACUCUCAUGGCUGAAGAGGCAAAGAAACUCGCAGCCUAUGCUGCUGUUGACAACCACAUACAGAACAAUCAGGUUGUUGGGGUGGGCAGCGGCUCAACUAUUGUCUAUGCCGUGGACAGACUUGCGGAGAGGGUCAGACAGGAGAAGCUGAACAUUGUGUGUGUCCCCACCUCCUUUCAGGCCCGUCAGCUGAUUCUGCAGCAUGGUCUCCCUCUUUCUGAUCUAGACAGACAUCCUGAGCUGGAUGUGGCGAUUGAUGGAGCUGAUGAGGUUGAUGCUGCUCUGACUCUAAUAAAGGGAGGAGGGGGAUGCUUGACCCAGGAGAAGAUAGUGGCUGGUUGUGCCAAACACUUCAUUGUCAUUGCAGACUAUAGAAAGGACUCAAAAGCCCUUGGGCAACAGUGGAAGAAAGGUGUGCCAGUGGAGGUCAUCCCCAUGGCGUAUGUGCCCGUGUCCAGAGCCAUUGCUCGCCGGUUUGGAGGAGAGGCCGUGCUGAGGAUGGCAGUCAGUAAAGCGGGUCCGGUGGUUACUGAUAACAGUAACUUCAUCCUGGAUUGGAAGUUUGAGCACGCACAGAACUGGAAAGAGGUCAACAUGGCAAUCAAGAUGAUCCCAGGUGUGGUUGAGACGGGCUUAUUUGUGGGGAUGGCUGAGAGGGUGUACUUUGGAAUGGAGGAUGGGAGUGUUAAGACUAGAGACCCUCCUGUCAACUAAGAAUAUUUCUCUCAUGUAACAGACCAGCCUGCACACCUCCAGUGCCAUUAGAAUACACAGACUCUGGCAGCUCUUUUCUUACAGUUUCUCAGUUUUGCGGUACAGAAACCACCAGUGUCAUGUGAGAGGCGUGUGAUCAGUACAUUUUCCGUUAUCCUGUGGUGGUGUGCAUGAAAUGUGGAAUUUUACACACCAAUGCAACAUUAGGCCCUCAGAUAUACCUGUUUUCCUCUCUUAGCUACUGUCUGGAAAAUUCUGCAUAUGCAGUGUCCCACACAUCUACAGUGUAUGUUUGCCUUCUGUGCUGCUUUACAUGGCCAUGCUGUACCGUGAACCUUGUCAUGCAUGGAUGUAAAUGCACUGAAUAUAGUCUUGUUUCUGUGCCUCAUUUAUAUAAAGCAUGGAUUUAGUGUAGUUCAUAGCUACUGGCCUUACAAAUGCAUGCAACUUAAACAA